UCUCGGAGCGCAGGGAGAACCGUCCCUUCGUGGCAAUUGGCUACCUUUCCGAUCCGAUUUCCUCCGGAUGUAGGGACGUUAGAGUCGGGUAUAAAGGACUCGUGGAAGGCGGGAGCGGACGCAAUUUUGAACUGGCAGUGGCGGUGCAGGACAACGGGGCUCUUGACGGCGCGGCGGCAGGGCUUUCUGAACCGCCUUUCGCGUGUCUCCUUCCGGGAGAGAAGGGACCUCAUUCAAAAUGGCUGGUGGCAAAGCUGGAAAGGACUCUGGAAAGACGAAGACCAAGACAGUGUCCCGUUCACAGAGAGCUGGCUUACAGUUCCCUGUUGGCCGUAUUCACCGACAUCUUAAAUCAAGAACUACCAGUCAUGGCCGUGUGGGGGCUACAGCUGCUGUAUAUAGUGCUGCUAUCCUGGAGUACCUCACAGCUGAAGUUCUUGAACUAGCAGGAAAUGCAUCCAAAGACUUGAAGGUGAAAAGAAUUACUCCUCGUCACUUGCAACUUGCCAUAAGAGGUGAUGAGGAACUAGAUUCUUUAAUCAAAGCAACAAUUGCUGGUGGAGGUGUAAUUCCACAUAUUCAUAAAUCUCUCAUUGGAAAGAAAGGGCAGCAGAAAACAGUUUAAAGGAUUCUUGUUAAUUUAGGACUGUUAAAGUGCUCUGUUCAGUGUUGGUGGAUUUCCAGUGGACUUCAUCUGUGAAACACGAUUUUGCCUUUCUGUAACCUUGAAGCUGGAACCCAUCAAGCUUUCUAACAAACCAAAAUUCUACAUUGAAGUCUUAACCUUAUUUAAGUGUUACAUGGCUUCAAAGAAGCUGUUGUCUGUAGUAGUUCUAGACUGUCUUUAGAUCUGUUGGAUUUUAAUGAGAUUCUUGGCAUUGCUGAUUAUUUUUAUGCAUCAACUUCCUUCAUUUGGUUAUUAGACACUAGCAUUUAACUACAAAAGAUUCUUGACACUAGCACCCUUAUGAAAUGAAAAUGUCAAGAAACUGCUGAUGUCAAUCUCUUGUAGUUAAAUAAACAGCACUGGGGGGUUUUUUUGUGAAGACCUUAUGUUCAGUCUGCUGAAUAAAUUCAAUAAAUGUUAUAUCAUUACAAACUGUCUGCUCUGGUUAAGCAAUAAGCAUGUCACUUGAGUCAUGUUUAACUUGCUUACCAAAAGAAUGUGAUUAGUUGGGUCCAGAUUCUUACUGUUAAUACAAACAGGAUAGUUAUGAUUAAAUUUUUAGUGUACCAUAUAUAUUGAUGUAUAAGGCAACCCUUGAAACCAAAAAUAGCAAAGCAAAAAUUGGAGGUCAUCUUACAUGCCUGACAUAACAAUCAGAAAAACAACCAAAAAUAUUGACCUACUUGUCUUGUAUGCAAGUUGCCUUCUAUGCUGAUAUAUAUAUGGUAUUAUGCAAUUUAUGGCUGUGUAAGAGUACUAUGGAUGUUUUUAAAAGUUCAGCAUAUAAAGCAACAUUCUAGCAAAAUCCCUUUCUCCUCUGUGACCAAAGGCUGCCAAUAAAUUAAUGUAUGGUUGCACCUUAGCUGCAAACAGUCUGAGCAUGUUCUCAGUGUCUGAUUGGAAGUCAAAGUCUCCAUCUAUAUAAAUGCAUCAAAGUAUCAGACUAAAAUUACAUUAAUCACUUUGUUUCUGCUUAUUUCCCAUUCUUUCAAGAUUAUUUAACCCCAGUCUGACUUAUAGUUCAUAUACAGGCAGUCCCCAAGUUUAUAAACAUCUGAGUUGUGAACAACCCAUACUUAUCAACUACCGUAAAGCCUAUUACUACUUUUAAAUACUGCAGGAAAAUGGUCCUUGCCAUAGAGAAAGUGAAAGGGUAGAGAGGGAGGUCUCCAAACUGCCAUCUUGCCCCAAUCAGUAAGGAAAAUCACUGGCAUUUCUUUGCUGUAAAGAAGCACUGGUGAGUUGGGUGGGUACAGGGAGAGAAAUUUGUGUUAUUUCCACUUUCAGGGGUUCUGUGCCCUUAACCCCUACAGGUGUGAAGAGCUGACUGUGUGAUCUGACCUACAUUCAAAUUCAAGAUUUUCAUGAACAACUCAUUUGUAACCCAGGGACUACUUGUAUGCUCAUAUUGUCUCCAGUGGAUUUCUACAGUUUUAAGGGAUUCAGAAAAGGUUUUAUAGAGAUGUUGGUUCAAAUUUAGUGUUAAAUUAUGUUUUUCUGGUAUACUAGAUGCUUGGUCAUAUUAAAAUAUUGUUUAAUGAUAGGAAAAACAGUGCUUCCUAGUCUAUAGCAUUUUUAACAUACAGAUGAUAAAUUCUUUACGUUUUGCAAAGGGAUAGCUAUUUUAUUUGUUGACCACUAAUGAAGGUUCUCCGAGUCGUGUACAGUUGAGGGAUUAUGUACUGACAAAGGAAUGAAAUAGAAUGGUGUUCUUCCUGUCACUUGGUAGUGCUAUAUACAUCAUGCAAUGAAAAUGCUUCUAUCAUGUAACAGAAGGAAAAUCUGCCUCAGUCUUAAACAUUUGAUUUAAAUUACAAAGUGGAAUCUCUCAUUCUUGUUGAGUACUUAAUCUCACUUAAAUAGGUUGGACCUUCUUUUGAAAAGGCUGGUUUAUGGAAUUUAAUGUGUUUAGUUAUUUAACACCAACUUUGUUUUUCUGUGUCUCAGUAAUAAAGAGUUAGCACUUGAAAAAUCAA